UCUAAGUUGCAAGCCUAUCGAAUCGAGUGCCGCCGCCCGUCCUAAUGGAAAUGGAAAAGCGGAAGAAUGCAACGAUGCUUUUUUAUAAAAGCCAUCGGUACAGUGAAAGGUGUCGUUAUUGUUUUACCAGUGCACCUUCGGUUGAGACGUUCGCUGCGGUGAUUCUUGAGUGUGGUUUUUCAUUUUGGCGCGCUAGUUUGGUUCUUUGACGUUGGUGAAGCUGUGCGAUGAAGAAUUUCGCACAAUUCCACACAUUGGCUGUAUUGGCCAUCGCCGUGGCACCGGCAAUUGCCGGUUACCGCUACUCGAGCUUGCACAGUACACCCUUCGGCGACGAAGACAGCAUCGAGGACAACAUUUCGUUGGCGAGCGAAAGUGACGAAAUCCACCAAAACGCGAUCGUUACCCAUGAUGAGAAGCACGCCACCUACUCGGUGCCGAUCUACCAGAAAAUUGGAGUUCCUGUGCCACAUCCCAUUCCGGUAGCUGUUCCACAAUACGUGAAAAUCAAUGUCCCACAGCCCUACCCGGUGCAGGUCAACGUAGAGCAACCGAUCAAGGUACCGGUGUACAAGAUAGUUCCGAAAAUCAUCGAACGACCCGUGCCGUAUACGGUGGAAAAAUCGUACCCCGUUGAGGUGGAGAAACCUUUCCCGGUGGAAGUGCUGAAGAAGAUUGAAGUUCCCGUACCAAAGCCAUACCCCGUUCCGGUGCCAAUCUACAGGCACGUUACCCACAAGGAGAACCCACGCCGCAGUUGGCGCUGGUGAUGCUCUCUCUAAGCCAUGUUGUUAGCUAGUGUUUCUGUUGACUUAUUUAUUUCGCUUCAACCAAGACCUGUUAUCAAUAAAUGUUAUCUGUUUUGAAA